CGUAAGUUUGAAGCUAAAGGAGGGCGCUUAGUCGAAACCCCUUCAAAUAUAUAAACCCUCGCUCCUUCGCGAACUUUCUCAGAUCCAUUAACAAUUGUUCUUCUUCUCCUCAACGCAAAGAAACGAAACAACUCUAAUCCCAUUCCAUGGCUCUGCCCAAUCAGCCAACCGUUGAUUACCCCAGUUUCAAGCUCGUACUCGUUGGGGAUGGUGGAACUGGAAAGACAACCUUCGUGAAAAGGCAUCUUACCGGUGAAUUCGAGAAGAGAUAUGAACCAACCAUUGGUGUGGAGGUCCACCCGUUGGAUUUUUUCACAAACUGUGGCAAAAUUCGCUUCUACUGCUGGGAUACUGCUGGACAAGAAAAGUUUGGUGGCCUCAGAGAUGGAUAUUAUAUCCAUGGGCAAUGUGCUAUUAUAAUGUUUGAUGUGACUGCCCGACUAACAUACAAAAAUGUCCCUACCUGGCAUCGUGAUCUUUGUCGGGUCUGUGAAAACAUUCCAAUUGUUCUCUGCGGUAACAAGGUUGAUGUGAAGAACAGGCAAGUGAAGGCAAAGCAGGUCACUUUCCACCGGAAAAAAAAUUUGCAGUACUAUGAGAUUUCAGCUAAGAGUAACUAUAACUUUGAGAAGCCUUUUCUGUACCUUGCUAGGAAAAUUGCAGGCGAUCCUAACUUGCACUUUGUAGAAUCUCCUGCUUUGGCUCCACCAGAAAUUCAAAUUGAUUUAGCUGCACAACAACAGCAUGAGGCUGAGCUUGCUGCAGCCGCUUCUCAGCCCCUUCCUGACGAUGAUGAUGAUGCAUUUGAGUAAGACUUGCGUCUGUGGACCAUCGUCCUGAGUUGGUGCUACUCUGCAUGCUACAAUAUAUAGUCUUAUUUGAGGAUGUGGAUUUGAGGAUCAGAAAUUUUAUUCAUUUUGAGAUGUUUUGCUUAAAUUGAAAGUCUCAUUUGUAGUCAGACAUAUAGUUGUAGUCACGGGCUUCAAAUAUGUUUCAUUGUGUUUGUGUGACCCGUCUCUCUCGAAGAGGAUGCGGUUUGGUGGUUUCAGCACGUUUUGAAUAUUUAAAUACAAGCGACUAUGGGAGUUGGCGACUGGUGAAAGGCAUGGGGAGGAACGAAGGCUGUGCUAUCCGUUUGAGCCUUGAACCAGUCAUUCCAACAAUAAAUAACUUGCUUGGUUUCUAACCUU